GCGGACUAUAAAGAGGCCAUAGCCGGGCUUUUUGAAAUGCAUUCAAUCGUUGGCUCCCUAUCCGAUAGCAACCAAAUUUUAAAUUAUUUUUUUCUUUUUCCCCAACACAAAUAAUGAACUCCUUUUCUAUAUUCUUGGCAUCUGCCCUGGCAGUGCUAGCAGCUGCCGAACCACCGUCUGGAUACAAUUACCCGCGUGGCGGUGGCGGUGGUGGUGGCGGCUCCUUGGGUGGCGGUGGAUUCGGUGGUGGAUUUAGCAGUGGAGGUGGAGGUGGUGGAUUUAGCAGCGGCGGUGGUGGAUACCAAGCUGUCAGUGGAGGAUUCCAAACGUCCGAAGGACAAAAUGUUGAUCCCCAGCUCCUUGAACAAGUGCGACAAAUUCUCUUGAACGAGGAAAGCAAAUCUGGCGGAGGUGGAGGUGGUGGCGGCGGUGGUGGAUUUGGUGGUGGCUUUGGUGGUGGUGCUCCAUCUGGAUCUUAUGGACCACCAUCAGGAUCAUACGGUCCACCAUCAACCCAAUAUGGUGCACCAAAUGCUGGAGGUGGCCGUGUUGUUGGAAUCGAUUUGGAAGGUGUGCGACAAGCAAUUCAAGUGGCACAAUUCGCUCAAACCAGCUCUCAAGCCGGAGGUGGCGGUGGAUAUCCAAGUGGGCCAUCAGGAUCAUAUGGUGCUCCAUCAAGACCCAGUGGAAGUUACGGUGCUCCUUUCUAAAAAGGAUGCACACUAAACUUUAGUCCACAAUUUUUAAUCUCUUGAAUGCUGCCAAAAACGAAAUUCAC